AUGGCUUAUAAUAGUGUGGAAAACCUCAAAGGGGGCAAACAGGCUGCGGAAAAGGUUUAUCAGCAGCAAAUCGAGCAAUUACGCCAAGAAUUUCAGGUCAAUCAGGAAGAAUGGCAGCAAGUGCAGCAAAGUGAUUACAAUCUUUACUCUGACCAAUCAGCCCAAAUUAAAGCCCAAGAGUUAGCCAACUUAAAGACCGUUAUUUUGGCCAAGGAAGAAGCCGCUAAGGAAGCAGUUAAAAAAGAGGAAGAGAUGAAAAAGCAAGCGGAAACUCUGGCUCAGGCAGCCGAAAUAGAAAAAAUUUUAAAAGAGAAUUUGAGCCAAGUUCAGGAAUUAGCCAAAGCUGAGAAAAUACUCCAAGGAGAAAGCAAAGCCCAAACUACCAAAACUUUAUUAGCCAAAUUAGAGAAAUUACCGGCUCUGACUAGUGAAGAACAAAACUUUUUAAGCCAAUUAUACCUCACGGUCGAACAAUUUGCCGCACUGGCUAGUCAAGCCCAAUAUCUCACUCAGGAAGAGCAAAAAGAAAUCCGCGAGAACUUUCCGGAAUUCAGUCAACCCCUAAAAUUAGGCUUAAUUAAUUCGGGACUAAAUAACUUAGGUCUGAACACGGCUGAAAAGAAACAAAACUUUGUCGAAUUAAAUCAUACUCUCUACCAAGAAAAAGCCCAGUUUGGUUUAACCAUUAAAGAAAAAGAAAAUAUUCUCCGUCUACUAAUUACUAUAACAGCCGAACAGAAAAAUGAUUUACUAAAAUUUGCCGUGGAGAAAGUUAAUUUAACCGAGGAACAGAAACAAGAAUUAGCUGUAAUUCACUCCGAUGGUUUAAAAACUUUUUCCUUAAACGAAAAACAAGAGAACUUAAUGAAAACCUUAGCCCCGUUAAUCAAAGAAGAUAAAUACUCAGAAGAAAGUUUAAAGUUGCUGAAAACUCUGAGCUUAAAGUCUUCGGCUCUGACUUUCUUUAUCAAUGAAAAAAUACUACCCAAUCCUAAUUUAGACUUUGGGGAAGUUAAGGAUACUUAUUUACCAUUAAAAACUAAAUUUCUCAGUGGAGAACAGAAAGUUUUAAUAAAACAAAAGGAACAAACCGCCAAGCAAGCCAACCGCGAAGAAUUAAUCGCUAAUAAGCAAUCUAUUCUUAAUUCUUUAUUAGACUUUGCCGAAACCUGA